AUGGAGUUGUACACUAUGGCAAUGAAGAAAGAGGUAGAGUUUGUCAUAUUCGCCUAUGGCAAUCUCAUGUGUGAUACGAGGUGUUGUGUCCUACCAGCCAAAUCAGUUAAGGAUUUUAAGCCGGAUAGGGCACUUUUCACUCCCGGUCUGGUGUACCAUAUAAACCCCCACCAAUGUCACUACAGCUUAAUUCCCGAUGUCUCCACUUUUACCAUCUUGCCAUGGAAAAAAAAUUUUGCAUGGGUCCAAUGUCAUCUGUGGGCCACCAUUCAAACUAGCCCCCGCAAAAUCCUCCCUAUGGCCAUACUUUUUGUGGACCCCUUUAAGCCACCGAUAAGCGAAUGGAGACACUGA